AUGUUGCCGCUCCUCGAUUUUUCUGAGGACAUACUGCGCCUGAUCGUGUCGCAUGUGGACUUGCAACGCGAUUUCGCGGCCCUGGCGAGGUCAUGCAAAGUCCUGCACCGCCUGUGCGACAUGAACGCUCGCCGGCGAUAUCGUCGUAUUCGUCUUUGUUCGAGCGCCGACCUUGAAAGGGGCCUGUACAUUCUCUUGUCCAUGCUGCGCAACCCUCAGCUCAGAGACUAUGUUCGUCAUAUCGAACUCGACAGCAAUACUCUCUGGAAUGACACCCUGGCCAAAGAUCGCCAGCAGCAUAAGAAGCCCUUGACGAACGAGGAUAAGCAGUUACUUUUACAGGCCACCGAAGCAGCCCGGUUUCCUAAACCGAUAGAAGAGCAUGUGUUCUAUUUGCUGAAAGUGAUUGCCGAGGGCAGCAAGGCUAGCCCACUACCUUCCUCGCACAAAGAUCGCGACGAUGUGGAUCGAAAUAUCGGCGAUGCGCUGUGCGCAGUUCUGAUUACCGUGUGUCCCAGACUACAGUCCAUGGCCACAACGUGUCUGAUGCGCACUCCGUCUAUCUUGGAUAGAAAAAGGGACCAGGGCGAAGAAUUUAUGCUCUCCAGGAGGCCGACUGAGCUGAUCUUGCGCCGCUCCGGGGCUAAGCCGAGCAAAUACCCGUUUUCAAGGAAUCUUCGAGACAUCACAAUCAUCCCGCACGGUCGCGGUUGGGCCAGUUCCCUUGGCUAUCACAAGAUUGACAUCUGGUCAAGCCUGAGACCCAUCAUGGGCCUCCCCGCCAUCGAAUCGGUCACUAUGCAUGCUGUCAAAUGCCCGGAAUGGAUGACCGCCAUCGAGCCGGCCCACCGAUCAUCCAAUAUUCGUCGGCUCCGGUUUCCAAACGCGAAUCUCGAUUGGCGGAUUCUGAAGCGGUCGAUCGAGUCGUGCAAGGCCUUGACCGAGUUUACCCUGACGGCUGGGGUUCUUCACCUAGACAUUGACGCCUGUGUUUCAUCGAACUGGUAUUGGCAAGAGUCUGACGACUAUGAACUAUGCGAUGAUGUCGGCUGGGACGAUGAAAUCGAGCGGGAAAUAUGGGAGGACAGCCACGAAGCGGAGGAGUCCCUCGCCGAGGACGGGGCGCAUAUUGCUGGAAAACCAUGGCCUCUAGACUUGCGGGAUAUUGGUGUGCAGUCCUGCAGGCGCGUGCCGAUCCCGGCGGAUUCAUGGACACUCGUCGGGAGUAUCCCGCAGAGCCUGCAGUCGCUGCAGAUUACGGGGUACAAAAAGGGGCGGUCCCCAUUGUACGACGACCAUAUCACGGCACUGUUGGCGGAGCGCGAGAGCCAGUUGCCCAACUUGAAGACGAUCGAGGGGCUGGAUCAGCAGGUGCCGGUGGCCAAGAAGGUCGUGGCCAAUCCAGCGCCCGAGGUGUGGUCGGAGUAUGAGGAUUAA